CACGCGCUUUCAAACAACCCGUCAGGAAGGAGAAAAACAAAACAAACCCGAGACGGAGGCGUGUGGACUCCAUUGAAAAGAGGAUCCUAUUAUUUCCAACAGGGGAACAUACACGAGGUCCGAAACGAAGCGAUAUGUAUGCACGGGCGCCCUAAAAGUAAGUAGCACCGUUAUUUAUCCGUUUCGGGGGAACUUUGCUGAGCAGAGGAUUUGCGUGUCCUCCGCUGCAGAGGAUUAGCUGUGAAGCUAACGGUAAGGUUGUUGUUGUGUAUCGGGCUUCAACUGGGACGAGGAAGGGGGCGCAGACGGAGGCCAUACUGGCUGAGCUGACGUGAAAGGGAAACAGGAUUCGUCGGUUCCACUUAAAAAAAACCACACAGUUUGGUGAAAGUAAUACGCUAAACGUGUUUCUUAUUGUGCAUUGCAGUUCAUCUAGCUCCUGCAGGACUUGUUACGGUGGAGAAAUGUAGCUAACGCUUCGUGGUGAUCUGAGAGACGUGUCCGUCACUGUCAAAUGUCAGUUCGAGCUAUAUAUGCCCAAAUAUUAUUUUCCGUUGGUUUUGAUGAUUAUGUCCUGUUAUUAACUGGUCGGUGGGGUUACAUGUCGUAGUCGGGGUGCGGGUGGUUAAAACCUGCACUUAUUUAAGAACAAUUCAAGUGUCCAAAUCAUGCUGUGCUUUUACAACAUACUUACCGCUAUUUGCUAUGUGAAGAAGAACAUAAUCGAACCGUAUUUAACUGUGUUUAUGGUCAUAGAAGACUUGGUGCGCCAGUGAAAUGUUCGACGCUGACUUUUUAAGGCAGCUCGUGCUCUCUGGAGGAACACGCCCCCCCAACACGAGACCCAUACGGUGCUGCUGGUAAAAAAAGGCUCGACACUGCUAGAAAUUUCCAUGUGCUGCAAGUUCAAUAAUAGACCCGAAUCAGACUUAUGUUUACACCGAGGAGAUAUAUUGAGUUACGAUUUCUUUCUCAUAAGAGAUUAUUAUGGAUUUCCACCUCAACAACACGGUGUAUAUAGUUUUAUCAACCGAUUUCUGCAGAUGAACGUUUGAUUUCGUUUCUCCUCUUAAGUAUAAAUACUAACAAAUGCCACGGAUUGAUGUAUAAUCUUGUGUUGUGUUCAGGUUUUGUGGUAGAUUUGACAUUAAAUAUCUUUUAAAUAUAUCUUAUCUAGGCCACGGACAUGUAGGCCUCCAACGUGUUUAUCUUCUGCCUCAACCUAGAUUGAAACGGGUUGUUUAGUACGCAGCAGUUGCUGGGAGUGACAGUCGUGGCGGCCAUUGAGGCACGUCUGGAGGCGGAACGUUAUUUCCGCUCGCCCAAUAGGGUUGAAGGAUUAGGUGGGUGUUGGCUCUACCGGUUAGGUUGAGGUUUGUUUUGCUUUGCUGAAGAUCUGUGAUGAGUGCAGAGACUGGUGACAUCUAUGGAACCGUUGGUGUUGAUGAAAGCCUUGCAGGCUGCAUCCACACCAGAUCAUCUCCUUUUAGCAGUAAUUAAUUGCUGCUAAUCGGACAACCUCAGAUCUCUUCCAAGAGUAUCCCCAAGCUGGAGCUCUAAACUGAGCUCUGCAAUGCCUCAGCCCAGCGUCACUAUGGAUCCUCCGUUUGCUGACGCCUUUCAGAACUACUCCUUCGCUGACCAGGCCCUCACCAGCACUGAGCUGCUAGCCACCAGCUCUGACCCAGAUUUCAUGUACGAACUGGACAGAGACAUAACCCACCGGCAGAGCCCCUGUCGGGACAGCAUCAUGGGGGUCGGAGACGGAGGCAAGGACUUGGAGAGCUGUGGGGAUCAGCUCAUGAGUCUGGACGAGUGCGAGACUGUCUGCAACGGCUCAGUGUUCGAACAGUGGGACUCCUACUGGGAAGAUGUCACCAGAUACACACGGCUGGCCAGCUGUGACAUCUGGGGCACCAGAGAGGUAGAUUUCCUUGGAUUAGAUGACUUCUCUAGUCCCUACCAGGACGAGGACGUGAUUGGUAGAACCCCGACGCUGGCUCAGCUCAACAGCGAGGAUUCGCAGCCUGUAUGCGAGGUGCUCUACCCACCUGCUGACCUGACGCUGCCUGCCCCUCAGCCAUGUCACAGUAGGAGAGCCUUGGUCCCUGGCCAGGGAUCGGUCCCCUACUCUGCACGGCCCUCCCUAAGCGCCACAUCCUCUCUCCGUCCUUCCCGCAGCUUUCUCCCAGACGUUCCUGAAAGCUCCAAAAAAGCCACCAGACCUGUCCCCUCCAGCACUGAGACUAUGGCCAAGAACCAGAACCUCCUUAGUCUCACGCAGGACCACGGCCAAGCUGAAACCAGGCCCCAAGGGCGAGGAACCAAGAUGGCAGCCCCAACUUCUCACGGCACUGACUUUGUGCGGAAGGCUAAAGUCCGUGUAGGUGCUGUGUAUAAAUUUCAGCCCAACACGCCCUCCCAGACAGAUUUUGAGAAGUCAGGUACACCUCUACCUGUUUCCCAGCCACAAGACGAGAAGGCCGGCACUUCAGCGAGCGCCACCUUGGUGGUAAUUCCUGUUGCUGCAGCCAGUGGCUCUGCCAGCCUGACGAGCUUUGAGAGGAGGGCAGAGGAGGCAGGGAGGAGGGAGAUGCCUGUAGGCUGGUCUGCCUCCGUGCCUCAACAUGUUGAGGCGAGCCAGGCCCUGGAGGGCAGCAUCUCUGGGCUGGUCAGCACCAGCGAUAGUGUGGCAGGGGCUAGUGGCGGUGGCAGCGGUCCGGAUGUCGAGGUCGAGAACAGCAAGGAGGAGGAGCACAACUACUCUCUGUUCUUGACCCGCAGCAAGCUGGCCGGCACAGCCCCCUCCCAGCUGGAGGAGGAGGAGGAGGAAGAAGACGAGGAAGAUGCGGAGGAGGAGGAAGAAGACGAUGAAGAUGCGGAGGAGGAGGAAGGCGAUGGGCUUGAGAUGGAUGACGAAGACCACGAUGAGGGUUUCGGCAGCGAGCAUGAGCUGUCUGAGAAUGAGGAGGAUGAGGAGGAUGAAGACUACGAAGCCGACAAGGACGAAGACAUGAGUGAUGCCUUUUCAGAGCCAGGCUGUGACAUGGAGCUAAUGGAGGACAUAAAAGGCCUGACGGCAGGAGUCUCCAGCCGGAAGAGAGGCAAGCGUCGCUACUUCUGGGAGUACAGCGAGCAGCUCACCCCCUCCAAACAGGAACGUAUGCUUAAGCCGUCUGAGUGGGACAGACACACGCUGCCUAGCAACCUGUACCAGAAGAACGGGCCUCUCCAUGGGAAGUAUAUGCUGAAGAAGUCUCGCCGCACAGACGUGGAAGACCUGACCCCCAAUCCACGCAAGCUGCUGCAGAUCGGCACCGAGCUCCGUAAACUGAACAAGGUGAUCAGCGACUUGACGCCCGUCAGUGAACUGCCGCUGACCGCACGACCCCGGUCGCGCAAGGAGAAGAACAAGCUGGCAUCCAGAGCUUGUCGUUUGAAAAAGAAGGCCCAGUACGAAGCAAACAAGGUGAAGCUCUGGGGACUCAGCACAGAAUACGAUCGGCUGCUCUUCGUGAUCAAUGCCAUCAAGGAGGAGAUAGUUGCCCGAGUGGAGGACUCUCCUCCGCGUCCGACCAACAUGGCCGACACUCUGGAGCAUCUCAUCCAGGAGACACUCGUGGCAUCACCUGUUUCUGGGCAGACUUCAGAUUUUGUCAACAAGAUCUUGGAGAACACAGGACGCGGCGAUCCCACCGGCGGACUGGUCGGCCUGCGAGUCCCGACCUCCAAAAUCUAGACAAACUGCGGUCCACUGAGAGCAGUGAACUAAAUAUUACCACCGUGCUGUCCCAUUGUAACUAUGCUCCCUUCUGCAUGCCCCCUCCAACCCAGAGUACAUACACAUUGCUUGUCACACAAACACACAUACCACUCCCUGUGUGUAUGUAUGUGUGCUUGUUUUAGCCAUGCACCUGUAUGGCAUACACCUUAGCUUACUGUCUCUGCACACUGUGCGCAGAAUCAGUGUGUCACUGUCUCCCAACCCAUCGCCAGCAUCUGUUGGGGAAAGCGCCUCUUUAAGCGAGGGAUGGUUAGGUGUAUAGCUAAUAGCACGUCCUAAAUCCACUGGUGACUAUUAGAUGUGUUUAACAUAGUGUUGUGUAGGGUCGAUUCUGUCGGAGGUCUGCUUCCAGGGCUGCUACAGAGACAGUCACACGAGUGUAACCACUGGAAUACUUUCACACAGUUCAUUUGAGGCUGUAAUGAUGGAGGAAGAAUAGUCCCUCGUCAGACACCGUCAAAGGUUGUAAAGAGUUCCAGUUAUCAUUUCCUUGAAGAGGCUCACCUUACGUGGCAACAAAAAUGAACUCCAGGAUGUUAAAUUGACCCGCUCAGAAAAAGAACUUUGACGAAAACAUCUUUGGUUGCCAAGACAGCUACGGAGGAAAAAAAAAAAAGAGAAGAAAGCUGCUCCGAGGCGUUUUGGGGUGGCACGGAAGUAUUUUGUAUUGAAGGCCUGAAUAUGUUCAUGCCAUCCCCGGUUUGCCAAUCAGGUCUGCUAUUGUUAAAAUGCAGGAGUUCACUUUUAGCAAAGUAUAGCUCGAAACAAAAAAGCAAUAGACGCUUAAAGUCAAAAUUCGACUUCAGCGACUAAGCGACAGACAUCCUGCUGGGCUGAAGUUUGCGGCUGGCAGGAGGAAGCUUAAUGCCUCAUUUUGACUACGUUAACUCAAACAGCAGGAGGUGGAGGAAGUACAUGUAGUUUGGUGCUUUUGACCUUGUGCUGGUUAUAACUGGACCAGGUGAAACGGGCAUUUUGCCAGAAUGGGAGCAGACUGUGAGGAAGAUGAUGGUGAUGAUGAAGAUGAAGAUGACAAACAGUGAUCCAUCUCCUCUAGGAAACUGUACAUAAAAGUGUCUCCCAGUGAAAAACGGCACUGGUUCCCCUUUUUGUACAGUAGAGAUGACCAGGUGUGUUCAUACUAGUGUUUGAUCAGAGUUCUAUUCAUUGUGCCUUGUAUAUGUAUGUGUGUGUGUGUGUUUCUGUAAGUCUGAGUGAGUGCAUGAGAGGGACUGAACGAGCAAGAGGUCAGAACUCCAGCCAAGGAGAGGACAGCUUUACACUGAGGGAGAUUGUUGGUGAAUGCGAGGAGGGAGACAACUGUGCGUAUUUUCGUGUGUAUUUCAGUUGUCUAAAUAUCUUCUGAAUGUACAAAAAUAAGUGGAAGCUCUCGUUGCGUCAUGCCACAGAGUCUGUGUAUAUAGGAGGGCUCUGCAAUUGAUUACUUUUGGUUUUUGGUACUCUGUCUUUAGGGGUCGGGGGUGGGUUAACAGAUAUUUUCAUUUAGGGUUACAAAAAAAUAUUUGCACACUAUAUUUUGAUUGUUUUUUGUACCAAAGACACAUGCAACGAAAUGGCGACCAGCCAGUUAAAGUAAGGUUUUGCACAGCUUAACUGACGCCGUAUUGAAUGUAAGAAAUGUGGGAGUGUCAGGGAACUUCAUAGAACUGUGAAAUUAGCUUGGGUCCAAUUCUGUACAGAAAAGGAACAUUCAGUCAUUUUUUUUUUUUAAAUAAUCUGAAAAUGUACUCCAUCUGUGGGCUUCGCCAGUAGAUGUGUUGCUUAGCAAGCACUUCAUUCCUGAACUGGUUCCUCCCUCCACAUGCUACUUGUUUUUAUGGCGCUAGCUAGGACAAAAACCGAGAGCGCUAGUAGAUAAGCUAUGUUACAUUUUUGUUUUGUCAAAAUGUCACCAACAAUAACCAAAACGUUUAGUUCCUGGUGUCACUUGUUUGAUUUCUGUAUGUAGAUGAGGUCUAGUCCAUCAACAAGAUAUUAACUGAAUUGUGUUUUGAAGUACUGUAUAUAGAAACAUUAAUGUUAUAUCUAUCAAUGGUGAAAUGCCACUUUUCAUGACAAUUGAUUAGUUUUUAAGCAUGACACAUUUCUACAUCCUAUCCUUGCAUCGAGUAAGUUAGAGAAAAAAAACACAAAACCAAAAAAAAAAAAAAAAAAAGAAACUUGUUAUAUUUUUGUACUUUAGCUGCCUGCUAUCUUUCCUGUUGGUUUGGAAGUAUUUGUUGAGUGGAGAGAUGAGACGAGGAUGAAAAGAGGAGAACGGUCUUAAAGAGCAGCCAGUCGAUCUUUGUUUUAUAAACCGGCACCUGACCCUUUCGCUAUCAUUUACUGGCUGAGGGAUUUACAGAGAAUCAGGACUGGAUUUAUUUGAAACACAAUGCAACAAAGCCACGGACUAGUUUGAGUGGUGUCUAAAGAGAAUGAGGACCUGCUGUCCUCAGCAAGGACUGGGGCAUGUCCAGACAAGCAACAAACUCAACAAGAGGACAACAGCGUGGAGACGUGAGGGCAGUUGCUGUGUGAAAGCCAAAGCCAUUUGAGUGUUUCCCAGACUGAUCUGGAUUCAGCAUUGUGAACCUGAUUUUUACACAUAUUCCAUGAAUUUGGUUGAAUUUUGCAUAUCCUGGGAUUGGCAUUCGGAUUUGUUUUUGCCUGGCUUUAACUUCGGUCCUCAGCUCACAUCCUUCCUGACCAGUCACGGCCGCAAAGAAAAAACAUUCUUCACCAAAACAUGCAUAGUUACAAUGAUCAGGCCACAGAUUGGCAGCAUGUCCAACCUUUAGAAAUGCGUGCUUGUUUUCCUGCUGCCUCCUCAGCGGAAAUGCCGCUGUUCCCAGGCAUUAUAAAAUUCAAACGGAGUUCUCUCUGGCAGCAGGCGAAUACAAACAAAGAAAUUCUUGUUUGACAAGGCUGAAUUCAGGUUAGUUUGAAGUGAAGAAUGUACUCCUUCACAGAGUGAACUCUGAUGUCUGGUGAUGGCGAUGCAGAGGUCUCUCUGUAUUGUGUGACUGAAUAACAGCUAGUGCUGCAUAUAUAUAUUUUUUACAAAUUUCUGUUCCGUCUAAAAAGGGAGAAAUGGUGCUUUUUUCUGAAACUAGAAUGACGAGUAUCCAUGAUUCUUAUUUGGAUUCUUAGUGCUAGUUGUAGCCUAAGGACUUGCUCCUCGUACCGUCCAUAGCUAUUUUCUUAGUAGUGAUUCAUUUUUGUAAAUAGACUAUAAGUUGAUAUGUACCUUCUAAUUGUUACAUAUGUAUAGUAUACUCUUAUCUUAUAUGUUUGAAAACAAAAGCACUUUGUCCAAAAAAGGAAAAAAAAAAAAAUAACAACAAAAA